AUGGAGGUGGACAGCGGGAUUGCCUUUACCGCAGCGCCCAAGAAUGCCGCGACGAUUCUCUGCGCCGACUGCGGUGCGGCCGUCGACGGCACGCUAAACGGAGCCUUUUGCUACGAUUGCAUCAAGCUGAAGACGGACGUCACCGGUGGCAUCCAGCGUGAGGCCAUUCUCCUCAUGUGUCGUGACUGCGAUCGAUGGCUUUCACCCCCGACCAGCUGGGUCGUCGCUCAUCCCGAAUCACGAGAGCUGUUGGCGCUCUGCCUCAAGAAACUACGAGGACUGAACAAGCUGCGCAUCAUCGACGCCAGCUUCAUCUGGACAGAGCCCCACAGCAGGAGGAUCAAGGUUAAGAUCACGGUCCAGAGCGAACUCAACGAGGGCGCCAUCAUGCAGCAGACGUUCGAGGUCGAAUACACGCAAAAUUACCAGCAGUGCCCCGACUGCGCCAAGAGUUAUACACACAACACAUGGAGAGCCUGCGUCCAAGUACGACAAAAGGUGCCGCACAAGAGGACUUUUUUGUACCUCGAGCAAUUGAUUUUGAAGCAUGCGGCGCACAAGGACACCAUCAACAUCAAGGAAGUUCAUGACGGAAUCGACUUCUUCUUCGCACAGCGAAAUCAUGCCGUUGCGUUUUGUGACUUCCUCAAGGCCGUCAUCCCCGUCAACGUCAAGCGAUCAGAGGAGCUCAUCUCACACGACAUCCAUACCUCGACCAAGAACUACAAGUUUUCCUUCUCGUGCGACAUUGUGCCCAUCUGCAAAGACGAUCUUGUAGUCCUGCCCAUCCCGCUCGCCAAGAAGAUUGGCAACAUCGCUCCUCUUACACUUUGCACUCGUAUUGGCACAUCGAUACAGUUGCUUGACCCUGCUACCCUCCAGACUGCCGAUGUUGCGACCGACGUCUACUGGCGGACACCCUUCCGGCCUCUAGCCGACGUACAAGAACUGACAGAGUUCAUCGUUUUGGACAUCGACCCACUAGGCAAGCAAGUAGGAAAGCAUUUUCUCGCCGAAGCCACUGUAGCCCGCGCUUCCGACAUGGGCCUCAACGACACCACCUACUACUGUCGCACCCACUUGGGCGGAAUCCUCCAUGUCGGCGACUCGGUCAUGGGAUACCUACUUAGCAACACCAACUUCAACAGCGAACUGUUUGACGUGCUGGAAUCGAAUAACAAGUAUGCUUCGCAGAUACCCGACGUCAUGCUCGUCAAGAAGUUCUACCAGCGAUCCAAGAAGAACAAGAACAAGCGUAACUGGCGGGUGAAGCGGAUGAACAAGGAAGAGGGCGAGAUGUUGCCGCGUAAACAAGACCAGGCCAGAAUGGAGAAGGACUUUGAGAUGUUCCUGCAGGACGUGGAAGAGGACGAGGAGCUGCGUGCGACCAUGGCCCUGUACAAGGCACAGCAGGAGCAGAAGCAGAGGGAGAGGGAUGUGGAUGCUAUGGAUACGGAGAGUACAAUGGGGGAUGACGAGGACGAUGAUGGCUUGGCCAUUCCGAUGGAACAGUUACUGGACGACUUUGAAGAUAUGAGGAUGCAGGAGUGA